GAGAUUUAUUAAAGGCAAAAAGAGAAAGAAAAGAUAAGUAGAAAUGGCAUGCUCUUGUGCGACCAGCAAUGGCUUAUUAACGAACCGGUCCCUGCUAAAAUCCCCGAGCCACCACCGUUCAAAGCGAACAACUUUGGCACUCACAUCGAUCAGAGCAUCGGCCGAGAGCAUGAGCAGCAGCGUGGUGGAGAAGCUGGGCAUCAAGGUCGAGAGGAACCCUCCCGAGCCUAAGCUCACUGAGCUCGGCGUUCGCAAAUGGCCUAAGUGGGGUUGCCCUCCGAGCAAAUUCCCAUGGACAUAUUCCUCUAAGGAGACUUGCUAUCUUCUAGAGGGAAAGGUGAAGGUCACUCCUGAAGGAGCAAACGAGGCUGUGGAGAUUGGCGCUGGCGAUCUGGUUGUGUUCCCAAAAGGAAUGAGCUGCACUUGGGAUGUCUCAGUCGCCGUCGACAAGCACUAUAACUUUGAGUAGGUAUACCCUUUGAUGGAGCAUAUUUCGCCCCUUACUUAGAGAGAGGUCAACAUAAUGCUGUUUCUGAGAUACGGCCCAUAGAAACUCCAUUAAGUUAUUACACAGUUAUGUUCUGCUAUGAGGUCUCUAUGUUGUUAUGGUACCGUAGCAUGUCAACUGAUACGUCUAUCUUAAAAUCUUCUACCUUGGCUCUUAUUUUCCAAA